UUAUCAACUGCCAAUUAUAUCCUUGCAAUUUGAAUUUUAAAGAAAGACAGCUCGAUUAUAACGUAUAACGAAAAUCUUGAAAAGGUUUUUUUUACGUGAUUUUACUUUAUAGUUUUUAUUUGAAAAUACAUUUUAAAUAAACCGAUUUGGUUUUCGUGCACUUACAGGAUUGUAGGUGCCGAAAAUACCAUAAAAAUGGCAGAUGUGUCGGUUCGGGUUGCAGUAAGAGUAAGGCCUCUAGUUUUUAGUGAAAUUGAAAGAGGAUGUAAGGAAAUUCUCGAGGUUGUGGAGGAAAAUGACCAAAUUGUUGUAAAAAGCAUAGAUAAGGACAAGGCUUUCACUUACAAUUAUGUUUUGUCAGGACAAUCCGAACAGAUUGAGUUGUAUAAAAGAUGUGUCCAACCUUUAAUUGAAAAUCUGUUUAAGGGGUACAAUGUUACUAUCUUGGCGUACGGGCAAACUGGUUCAGGUAAAACACACUCGAUGGGUACAGCAUAUACAGGUGAAGAAGAUACAGGAAUCAUCCCAAGAGCCAUAGCAGAUAUUUUUGAAUUUGUUAACGACAAUUUUGUAUUUAACUUCACUGUAACUGUUUCAUUUAUGGAACUCUACCAGGAAGUUCUAUAUGAUUUGCUCUCUACAAAAAGUAGGGAUCAGUGUGUUGUUGAAUUGAGAGAAGAUCCUGUCAAAGGAAUCCUCAUUCCUGGAUUAACCGAGGUUAAGGUUGAAUCUGCUACCGAUGUUUUGGAGGCACUUCAGAGGGGUUCUUGUAGAAGAGCUACUGGUUCUACUGCUAUGAAUUCCCAGAGUUCCAGAAGUCACGCUAUAUUUACUGUGAACAUAUCAAUGCAGAAUAAAGAAAAUUGCAGCGAAAAUAAACAAGCCAAGCUUCAUUUGGUGGAUUUGGCAGGUUCUGAGCGCCCAAAAAAAACAGGUGCUAUUGGAACAACAUUUAAAGAAGGUGUUAACAUAAAUAAAGGCCUUUUUGUUCUUGGAAAUGUAAUAAGUUGUCUAGGAGAUGAGAAGACACAAAAUGGAUUUAUACCAUACAGGGACAGUAACUUAACAAGAUUACUCAAAGAUUCUUUGGGAGGCAAUAGCAUAACACUAAUGAUCGCAUGUGUGAGCCCAGCUGAUUACAAUAUCGAGGAAACACUUUCUACUCUGCGUUAUGCAGAUAGAGCUAGGAAAAUAAAAAAUAAGCCUAUAGUGAAUCAAGAUGCCAAGGUUGCAGAAAUCAAUGAUCUGAAGAGAACUAUUCAACAGUUGCGGUUACAGAUUUUAGGUCAAGGAGGUCCAAUGGUAUGUCCAGCAGAGCUAGAGUUAUUGAAACGAGAAAUAAUUGAACUAAAAUUGAAACUGAGAGAUCUAACAGAACAACUUUCUGCUGCUUUACUUGACAAUACUGGUUUACAUGAAAAAAUUAUGAUAUUGCAAAGUGCCAAUGAAGCUUUGAAUAAUAAAAUAUGUGCCUUGAAGGAUCAAUAUGAUGUUACUUUCAAUAACAUAAGUUUGGGCCUGGAAAACAAUGAUACAGAAGUAGUUAAGGACAAUUUGUUGAAGUUUCAGCAAAUUCAGAGUCAGUUUAUGGAAAUCGGUGAUGAACAAAAAAAGACUGAAAUGGAAAUUCGAAAUCACGAAGAGGCUUUCAACAAACACCUCAUACAUGCUUCUUCUCUGUCGAAUGAAGAGGGUGUUUCCAAGGAAUUCGAAGAGAAAAAAAACACUCAUACAAAUCGUCAAAUCAACCUCAACAUGCAACUGACAGAGAUCCAGAAACAACUCAUUAUUAAAGAAAGUCUUGCCAAACAGCUCAUGACCAACAAUAAAUAUAUAGUUGACUACCAGGCAUUAGAAGAUAACAACGAGAAAAUAUUGAAUCUUGAAAAAGAAAGGGACGAACUACUGCAGCAGCUGAAAAGCGUAGGUAAUUCUGGUAAAAUUGCUGAGCAGCGUAGAAAACGGGUACAAGAACUGGAGAUUCAGCUGGCUGAAUUAGCCAGGAAAGUUCAAGAGCAGGCUAGACUCAUUAAAAUGAAAGCUAAAGAUGAGGAUAGAAUAGCCAGACUCAAUCAAGACAUAUUGCAAAUGAAGCAAGUCAAAGUGAAAUUGGUCCGGACUAUGAGAGAGGAAUCAGACAAAUUUCGUCAGUGGCGGCUACAAAAGGAACGAGAAUGCCAACGUCUUAAACAACAAGAUCGGAAGAAAGAAAAUGAAAUAGUGAAAAUGAAAGCAAUGCAUUCAAAACAACAGAUUGUGUUCAAGAGGCGAGUUGAAGAAGCAGAAGCCGUCAAUAAAAGACUAAAAAAUCUUUUGGCUUUGCGAAAACAGAACCAAGAUUCUAAAUUAAAUGGAAAAGUAGACAAGUUGGAACCAUGGUUAAAACGAGAAUAUGAUCUCCAUAUGAAUUUGGUGGAAGCUGAGGCUACAUUGAAGGUGUUGCUUGAUGACAGAGCAACUUUACGCCACCAACUAGAUGACUUGAAGUCAAAUCCCGAUACCACCAAUUCUUCUGAAUGCAAGUCAAUAGAGGAAGAUCUCGAGCUUCGCUCUGUACAGAUUCAGGAUUUGCAGCAGAAACUGCUUGAUUCUGAUGAAGACAAAACAAAAUCCCGGUUUGAUAAAUUCCAAACUAUGUCCGAAGCAAAGUUUGGUCUAAAGUUUUUAUUUUCCCGUGCUGCAGACUGCCACAGAGAAAAAGUCCACAUUCAAAGUAAACUUGAUGAAAUCCAAGAAAUGUAUAAUGAGGCGACAGAAAAACUCAGAAUUGCAGAUGAAACUGAAAAAUCGAAUGCUGAAGCUGCUGCACAAGCCUUACUGGAUAUCCAGAAAGAAUAUGAGGAAAAAAUAUCAAUACUUCUUGGACAGAUGAAAGAGAAAGAAAAAGUUUUGCAAGAACAAGAAGAAACUAUUCGGACUAUCAAACAGAAAAAUGAGGAGCUUGUUUCAAAUCAGGAGUAUAUUUUG